AGGGCGGCUUUGGGGAUUUGGCCCGGGCUUUGUCUCUUGCCGGAGCCGAAGUUUUGGAUCUGGUUUUUGCUCUUCUGUUUCCUCUGCUGCUAGAGGCGCAGUCUCUGUGGCCCUGUCACCUGCGGGUACUGGCGGUCCACAGCUAAGACGUCAGGACCUCCGGAUACCUAGAAAUGAAGAAAUGUUUUUGAUUGGUGCCCAAACGAGAGUUUCUCCACUUUCCUUGUACUUGAGUGAAAAACAAGAAGGAGGUAUGGAACUGAAACACUGGAACUGAAACACAUAAGUCAAUUGGCUUUCCUAUCAUAUAGUCAAUAGAAAAACGGAUAAAGCAGACAUAAUCCCUACAAUCAAGAAACUUUUGGUCUAUAUUAUCAUCUGGAUUAAAGGUUGAAUUAUGCAUUAUAUGGGAGUGUUGACAUUUAGGGAUGUGGCCAUAGAAUUCUGCCUGGAGGAGUGGCAAUGCCUGGACACUGCACAACAGAAUUUAUAUAGGAAUGUGAUGUUAGAGAACUACAGAAACCUGGUCUUUCUGGGUAUUGCUGCCUUUAAGCCAGACCUGAUCACCUGUCUGGAGCAAGGAGAAGAGCCUUGGAAUGUGAGGAGACAUGAGAUGGUAGCCGGACUCCCAGUUGUAUGUUCUUAUUUUGCCCAAGACCUUUGGCCAAAGCAGGGCAUAAAAAAUUGUUUCCAAAAAAUAUUGAGAAGAUAUAAAAGAUGCGGACAUGAAAAUUUACAGUUAAGAAAAUGUUGUCAAAGCAUGGAUGAGUGGAAGUUGCACAAAGAAUGUUACAAUGGACUUAACCAGUGUUCGACAACUACCCAGUGCAAAAUAUUUCAAUGUAACAAAUUUGUGAAAGUCUCUGAUAAAUUUUCAAAUUCAAACAGACAUAAGAUAAGACAAACUGGAAAGAACCCUUUCAAAUGUAAAGACUGUGAAAAGUCAUUUUGCACGCUUUCACACUUAGCUCAACAUAAAAUAAUUCAUAUUGGGGAAAGAUGCUGCAAAUUUAAAGAAUGUGACAAAGCCUAUAAUGGGACCUCAAGCCGUUCUACCUGUAAAAUAAUUAAUACUGAAACAAAACUCUACAACUUUGAAGGAUGUGGGAAAACCUUUAAGCAAUUUUCACACCUCAAUAGACAUAAGAUCAUUUAUACUGGAGAGAAACCCUACAAACGUGAGUCAUGUGGCAAAGCUUUUAACCAAUCUACAAACCUUACUACACACAAGAGAAUUCAUACUGGAGAGAAACCCUACAAAUGUAAAGACUGUGUCAAAGCUUUUAGCCAGUCCUCACAACUUACUAAACAUAAGGGAAUUCAUUCUGGAGAGAAACCCUACAAAUGUGAAAAAUGUGGAAAAGCCUUUAAGCGAUCCUCAUACUGUACUGCACAUAAGAGAAUUCAUACUGGAGAGAAACCCUACACAUGUGAAAAGUGUGGCAAAGCUUUUAUCCGAUCUUCAUACCUUACUAUGCAUCAAAGAAUUCAUACUGGAGAGAAACCCUACAAAUGUGAGGAAUGUGGCAAAGCUUUUACCCGGUCUGCAUACCUCACUUCACAUAAGAAAAUUCAUACUGGAGAGAAACCCUACAAAUGUGAGGACUGUGGCAAGGCUUUUAACCAGUACUCAAACCUUAGUAGACAUAAGGUAAUUCAUACUGGAGAGAAACCCUACAAAUGUAAAGAAUGUGGCAAAUCUUAUAACUGUUCCUCUACGCUUUCUAGACAUAAGAAAAUUCAUACUGGAGAGAAACCCUACAAAUGUGAAGAAUGUGGCAAAGCUUUUAACCGGUCCUCAACCCUUACUACACAUAACAGAAUUCAUACUGGUGAGAAACACUACAAAUGUGAAGAAUGUGGCAAAGCUUUUAACCGGUUGUCAACUCUUUGUAAACAUAAGAAAAUGCAUACUGGAGAGAAACCCUACAAAGGUGAAGAAUGUGGCAAAGCUUUUAUCCAAUCCUCAACCCUUACUACACAUAAGAGAAUUCAUACUGGAGAGAAACCCUACAAAUGUAAAGAAUGUGGUAUAGCUUUAAGCAGUCCUCAAACCUUACUAGACAUAAGAUAAUUCAUAAUGGAGAGAAACCCUACAAGUAUAAAGAAUGUGGCAAAGCUUUUAGUUCUCAAUUCUUAGCAGACGUAAGAUGAUUCAUACUGAAGAGAAACUCUGCAAACCCAAAAGUUGUGAUAAUGCUGUGACAACACUUCAGACAUUUCCAAACAUAAAAGAAACAGUGCUGGUGAGAAAUCAUGGAAGUGUGAGU